AUGUUGCUGCUGGCGGUCGUAAUCGUCGCCAGCCCUAUGCGACAACCCCCCGUCGCACUCGCAGCACGGCCGCUGGACACGCCACAAGGCGACCCAGCCACUGCGCCUGCACCCGCCUCCGCUCCCCCUUCCACCCCCGGAUCCGCACCAGCACCCGGGGCUGACCCAAGCAGCAGCGGCAACAGCAGCAGCACCAAUAGCAGCAGCAGCAGCAGCGCCAGCAGCGGCGGCAGCGCGCCGUUCAACAUGUCAGCAGACAGCAUCAAGCACGGUUACGACUUCUCCUGCCUCUUUAAAGACGUCCUUAGCACCGACUGCCGGAACAAACCCGCGAGCCCCUGGGCCGUUAUGACCGCCAUGAUCAUCUUCACUAUAAUCGGACUCAUUAUAGGCGUGCCGCUCUGCAUCCUUUACCGCAACAGCCAGGCCGCGAAGAGAAAGCUCUUCGCGUGUUGCUGCCCACAGAGAUUGGAAGAACUGGCCGAGGAGGAAGAGGCGAAGAGAAAGGCGAAAAUCGCGCAGCCGAGGCCGUGGGAGCUGCAGCAGCCGGAGAUGAAAUUCUCUCUAAAGGGCAGCGGCAGGGGGGAAGAGGACGAGGAUGGGGAGGAUAGCGACUGGGUGCGGUCGGAAGAUGAGGAGGACGUAGAGUGCGGGAGAGGGCGGGAAGCAAAGCCGCCUGUUCCGCGUACAAAGAGCUCGCAGGCAGGCGCAGCAGGGGGAGUGCCGCGGGCUGUGUCCGCUGGCUCCUCCGCCUCUGGUGGUGGUUUCUCCAGUGGUGUACGGCGAGUGGCCGCUGCUGGGCCCGCAGGCAGAGGGAGAGGAGGCGGAGGGAUGGGGAGAGGGAGAGGUGGGGGAGUUGGGCGAGGGGGCAGGGGAGGGAGAGGGGGAGGGAGAGGCGGGGGGGUUCCGCGGGCGAUGUCAGCGCAGGGGGCAGUGGCGCGGUCAGUCUCUGUGGAGGCUGCAGCGCCAGGGAGGGGGGUUGCGGGCGGCCAGGGCGUGCCCCGAGCCGUGUCUGCGGAAGCAGCCAUACACACAGGGGACAGUCAGAGAAUUCUGCCAGGGGCGGUAGGAGUAGGUGGUGGUGGGGUGGGCGGUUUUGGUGCAGGAGGAGCAGGUAGAGCAGAUGGGCUGACUCGGGCCGGGCCCAGAAGCACCGUGAGUUUCAUGACUGGUGGUGGUGGGAGAGGGGAGAGGGAUUACUGUGAUGUUAGGCAGCACGAGGAUGAGGAUGAGGAGGAUAUGGCCGGGGGUGCGGAGUAUGAGUAUGAUGAUAUUGAUAUGGACUCGCCUGGGGGGCAUGGUGGUGCGUAUACAUCAUACAGCCAUGGCAGGAGCGGCAGCGCUGCUGCUAUUCGCCAGCCGCCCCGCCACAUGCCGGCUCCCACACGCGACUAUGAUGACAAGGAUUCGGACCCGGAUGACGUGGAGGAGUACACUCCUGUGAGGGGGCCACGUCAGCAGGGGAUGUCCGGGCGGCAUGAGUAUGACUCGGGACCCGGGAGUGGGAGGGGGCUGGGAAGUGGAAGGAGGGUAGGGAGUGGGCGGGAAGCAGGAAGGGAUGAUGGGAGGGAGGAGGCACGCAGGCCACUGCACGCGGCAAGAGGUGAUGAGAGAUACGAUUCGGACGAGUCAGAGGACCUAUAUGAUGAUUGA